GUAAGUGGUUUCUUCGGGUUUGAGUCAGAUCUGGAACUUUGUCGGGGAGAGAUGGUUCACGAAUAUCCGAAGGGAUUAUGUUCGUUUUACAGCGAUAUAUACGAGGUGGUGGAUGAUCCUUCGUUGGAUUCAAUAAUCUCAUGGAGCAAAAGCAACAAGGGUUUCGUCAUCUGGAAUCCCCAAGAGCUAAUCGAAAAAAGGAUUGUUUCGAGAUUCUUUUGCAGAGAGUUGUCACAGUUUAUCUCCGACGUUGAACUUUUUGGAUUUAGAAGAGUCAAGGGGUCUAAGCACAUGAAGUUUACGAAUGCAAAUUUCGUGAGAGGUCAGCCUGAUCUCUUGAAGAAGAUGCAGAGCGAGACUUCCUUUGCGAGGUUUAAGAAAAGAAGAAGAGCAGCCAGAGCUAAAGCCCAAGUUGAGGAACGCUUGCAACGUUUACAAAUCUGAAUCAAACUCCCUUGAUCAUCUGUCCUCUCUAAGCUUAGUUAAUAAAACAUGUGGUGGUAAAGACAAUGGUUACUAAAUAUUAUCUCGUGCUCUUAUUAUAUGCUUGUAUCUCACGCCCUGUAUCAACUUGCAAAUGCUUUAGUGGGUGUUGAGAUUACUU